AAAAGAAGUCGAGUAGCCGCCUGAAAGAUACGACGGCAACAAGCAAAGCACCAAGUCUUCUUCUUCUUCCUAUUCCUCCCUCUUCACGCUUCUUCUUCUUCUUCUCCAUCCUCUUUCUCUCUUACGACUCCUUCAAAUUCCUUCUUCCAUGGCCACCGUCUCCUCCUCCUGGCCGAACCCCAACCCUAAUCCCGAUUCCACAUCUGCCUCAGAUUCCGAUUCUACUUUUCCCUCUCACCGCGAUCCUGGAGACGACACCGAGUCUCUCGAUUCCUUCUCCUCCAUGAGCCUCAACUCCGACGAGCCUAAUCAUAAUUCUGAUCGGAUUCCCAAUUCCAAUCGCGGCGUUAGUAUUAAUCAACCUCCUAUUUCUCCCUCUUUACCGGUGACGCCUCCUCCAUCCGUGCUCCACCUCUCCUUCAACCAGGACCAUGCUUGCUUCGCUGUUGGCACCGAUCGUGGCUUCCGGAUCCUUAAUUGCGAUCCCUUCCGUGAGAUUUUUCGCCGUGAUUUCGAUCGUGGCGGUGGUGUUGCCGUGGUUGAGAUGCUUUUCAGAUGCAACAUUUUAGCACUCGUAGGUGGCGGACCCGAUCCUCAGUAUCCUCCUAAUAAGGUCAUGAUUUGGGAUGAUCACCAGGGACGAUGUAUCGGAGAACUCUCUUUCAGGUCCGAUGUUCGAUCCGUCCGGCUUAGGAGGGAUCGUAUUAUUGUCGUUCUGGAGCAGAAGAUUUUUGUUUACAACUUCUCCGACCUCAAGCUGAUGCAUCAGAUUGAGACCAUUGCAAAUCCUAAGGGUUUGUGUGCUGUUUCUCAGGGUGUUGGUUCUAUGGUUUUGGUCUGUCCAGGUUUGCAGAAAGGCCAAGUUCGGAUCGAGCAUUAUGCUUCUAAACGCACCAAGUUCAUCAUGGCUCAUGAUUCCAGAAUUGCUUGCUUCGCUCUCACGCAGGAUGGGCACUUGUUGGCCACAGCCAGCUCUAAGGGUACUCUGGUUCGGGUGUUCAAUACUGUUGAUGGCACCUUGCGGCAAGAGGUUAGGAGAGGUGCAGAUAGAGCGGAGAUCUAUAGUUUGGCCUUCUCUUCAAAUGCCGAGUGGUUAGCAGUCUCAAGUGACAAAGGAACUGUCCAUGUUUUUGGUCUCAAAGUCAACUCUGGAGCUCAAGUGAAAGAGACAUCACGUAUUGCAUCUGAUCUUACUCGCUCCACUUCAUCCCCAUCGUCGUCUCUAUCAUUAUUCAAAGGAGUGUUGCCAAAGUAUUUCAGUUCGGAGUGGUCGGUGGCUCAGUUCCGGUUGGUUGAAGGAACUCAGUACAUAGCCGCCUUUGGUCAUCAGAAGAACACAGUUGUUAUUCUUGGCAUGGAUGGGAGCUUCUACAGAUGCCAGUUUGAUCCGGUGAACGGCGGAGAAAUGACUCAGCUUGAGUAUCACAACUGCCUGAAACCGCCCUCUGUUUUCUAGAACGCUUAUAUUCUCUUUUGUCCCUUCUCUGUAUCUCUCUGCUACUUGAGCAGUGAGAUUUGGUGCAACGAUGCUGUAAUGUAUAGUUUGUGUGUAUAAUAAUCAAUGGGUCUUAUAAUUUGUAAAAACCUUUGAUCGCUAACUAAAACUGAUUCAAGGCUCCCCAUCUGCGUCUUCCCCAACA